GUUUAGGGAGAUAGUAGUUGGGCACACAUUAUAACCUUGAGGAUGAAUUUAUAUUUGUCUUUUUAAUUGUAACAUUUCAUUUUCUCGCUGAAAACUAAACAAAACAGUGGACUUUUUUUUUUAAAUUUGACCUAGAUUUGUUGUGUUUCCAGUGGGAGCCUAAGGUUACAGGUUGGGUAGUUUUAGCUAGCUAAUCCGAGGAGAUAACGUUAACUAAUCCCAGUUUGUUAAUCCUUUCACACUUCACUUGUCUUCAGGACACCGUUGAAGAGAGUCGAGGAGUGUCCUAACUUACUCCAACGUCUGUCAAGAUAAAGACGUUAAGGUUUCCUGCUCAACAAGUUAGCCAAAAACUCACAAGUUUGGUAGUUGGACAUGUCGUAGAACGAAUAUGGAAAUGUAACGUCACAGUUACACCAGCUGCGCCUGAAAGAAUGCGGAAUAAACUUGAAGUCUUUCAACGGAAACGAAACGAGGCUGGUUACAGUGCACGGGUCACAUCAGCAGUAGGUGCCAGAGAAGAGCAGCUCCACCUCGGGGCAUGAAACCUCAGUCCGAUUUUCCACCGAGGAAGGAAGCGACAGGAUGGCAGUAUGCGGAAGAAGGAGUCGACCCAAGUUAGUUUUUUUAGUCUUUGGUGUCACGUUAGUGGGAUAUCUGGUGUUUUUCAGACAUAACUCCGUGGAAGUGAACGCGACAAAUCGACGGGAGGCCCCCGGAGAGCCAGAGGUGGAAAAUGAACAGCUUAAGAAACCCGUCUACGAGAAGCCCCCAUUGGAUAUACAUGCCCUGGGCGAAAUGGGGAGAGCAGUCAAACUGAACCUACAGGGAGAGGAGAAAAAAGAAGAGGAGGAAGGCAUCAAAAAGCAUCAGAUUAACACUUAUGUCAGUGACAGAGUAUCUCUGCACCGCCGGCUGCCUGAGAGAUGGAACCCACUUUGCAGGGACCUGAAGUAUGACUACCGGUCCCUGCCGACAACCUCCGUGGUAAUCGCAUUCUACAACGAGGCCUGGUCCACCCUGUUGAGGACAGUCCACAGCGUGCUGGAGACGUCACCGGACAUCCUGCUGAAAGAGGUGGUGCUGGUGGACGACUACAGUGAAAGAGCUCAUCUCAAGGAGCCAUUGGAGAAGUACAUCUCAGGUUUGAGGAAGGUGCGUUUGAUCCGAGCCACCAAGAGGGAGGGGUUGGUGCGGGCCCGGUUGCUAGGUGCGUCCAUUGCCACAGGUGAUGUGCUGACCUUCCUGGACUGUCACUGCGAGUGCCAUGAAGGCUGGUUGGAGCCCCUGCUUCACAGGAUCAAAGAGGAGCCAUCGGCUGUGGUCUGUCCCGUCAUCGAUGUAAUCGACUGGAACACCUUCGAGUAUUUAGGGAACUCUGGCGAACCUCAGAUCGGGGGGUUCGAUUGGCGGUUGGUCUUCACCUGGCACACUGUCCCAGACUAUGAACAGAAACGCCGUCGCUCGCCCACUGAUGUCAUCAGGUCUCCUACGAUGGCAGGUGGUCUGUUUGCUGUGAAAAAGAACUACUUCCAUUACUUGGGGACGUAUGACACAGGGAUGGAGGUGUGGGGAGGAGAGAACCUGGAAUUCUCCUUCAGGAUUUGGCAGUGUGGGGGCAGCCUGGAGGUACACCCAUGCUCCCAUGUGGGUCAUGUGUUCCCUAAUAGAGCCCCUUACUCGCGGAGCAAAGCUCUGGCAAACAGCGUGAGAGCCGCUGAGGUCUGGAUGGAUGAAUACAAAGAGAUCUACUACCAUCGAAGCCCUCAUGCACGGCUGGAGGCCUUUGGAGACGUGACAGAGCGGAGGAAGCUGAGAGAAAAGCUGGGCUGUAAGAGCUUCCGGUGGUACCUGGAUAAUAUUUACCCCGAUAUUAACGUCCCAGAGGAUCGCCCAGGCAUGUUUGGAAUGCUGAAGAACCGGGGCAUGACCGACUACUGUUUUGACUACAACCCUGCAGAUGAGAACACUAUAGUAGGCCAAAGGGUCAUCCUGUACUCGUGUCAUGGCAUGGGUCAGAACCAGUUCUUUGAAUUCUCCACGGAGGGUGAAAUCCGCUAUAACACAAGGCAACCUGCUGGAUGCGUUGCGGGUGACAGCGUCAGCACCUACCUGACUCUCCAGCUGUGUAGACACCGAGGGCAACCUGUAUCUGCAGACCAGAAAUUUGUCCUCCGAGAGGACGGGAGCCUGUACCAUGUGAUGAGCCAGAAGUGUGUUGAGGCGGUAAGCAAGACAGACAACGGGACACCAGCCCCCUCACUCCAACCCUGCACCGACAGUCUCCACCAAAAGUGGUUCUUUGAGGAGAGAAUGUAAUAGUAUCAACCUAGAAUGUAUCUACAAAUAUAUGUUUUCAAUCAGGGCCAAUGUCCUGAGGAGGGGUAUGGGUGGACUGAAUCGCUUAAUGUUUUUUUAAUAUGUUUACCUUGUCCUAAAAGGAGCCCAAAGGAGGAAGUUCCUAUGCUCCCGUCCAAACUUUAACCUUUGCACAUUUCUGUGCCAGCUGGAUUUACACUAAUAAUAUAAUUAUAUUGAUGAAGUCCUUUGUAAAUAUAUAUAUUAUUGCUGUCAUUUUUCUUGUUUUAUCUAUCUAUCUAUCUAUCUAUCUAUCUAUCUAUCUAUCUAUCUCUCUCUCUCUCUCUCUCUCUCUCUCUCUCUCUCUCUCUCUCUCUAUAUCUAUAUCUAUAUCUAUAUCUAUCUAUCUAUAUAGAGGGAGAGAGAGAGAGAGAGAGAGAGAAUAUUUUUCUUGGAUGCUGUUGCUGGGAGACAGGAGCCUGCUGGAAUAUAUAUUGUUCUUCUAAUCAAGGAGAUGCUUGAGAAUUGUUGGGGACCUGCACAAUUGUACAUGCUGUCAUUUUUCUUGUUUUUCCAUAUACACAUUGCACUACUGGUGCAAUCUUUAAGAAUGAGAUCAAUUUAGCUGACUGGCUCAGUGCCCACAUCUGGAUCAUCACACGUCUGGAUGAAAAUAACUGCUUUACACCACUGUCAACAAGCUAGGAGCCUCUUGUGAGCUAGUGAGGCAUUUUAAAAUGUUUGCAUCUUCUCCUGUAGAUGGGGCCAACGCUCCUCUCUGCAGGUUCCUUUCUUUCACUGUGUUCUGUAUUUGUGGGUGAGAAAUCUUCAGGUAUGCUGUUAAGAACCUUUUCAGGAUGUUUUGAGUGUGUGCUACUCUUACAUACAGUGGCUUAGAAAAAACCCUUCGAUCACAGGCAUAAUACUAGUAUCUAGUACCUCUUCAACUUAAUUACUUAACUACUGAUAACAGGAGAAACUCGAGUGUUAUUCCAUUCUGAUUUGUCUGAAGUCAGGAGAAGAAGAAGGAGUUUUUUUUUUUUUUUUUUUUAACGUAGUGUACUUGCCUCGGUUUUGUGCCCUUUUAAAUGAUGUGCAGCUUCAAAAUCAUAGCCAUAUUUGAUGGAUUUACUACAUUUGGUGUCAACUUUCUUUAUUUUUAAAUUAGGUAUUUUUCUAAAACUAAAUUACUGUUAUUUCAUACCUUCACUGCAGACAUAUCUAAACUUUAGUAAAAAGUGAGUGGGAAUUUAUCUAAUCUUAAUCCUGAGUGCAUAAACACUGAAAUCACAACAAGAAUAUGAUCUUCUGCCUCAACUUACUUGUACUGAUUUGGGCACACUGUCUGUGUUUCCAAUCCAUCAGAAUUAGACAACUAUAGAUCCCUCUGUUCGGAGCCGUGGUCACUUGUGUGACUUGUCCCUCAGGCUGUGCAGAGAGACUAUGGGAAACACAGCAGAGGCAUAGACAGUUGUUUGUCUCCAGAUUGCUGGGAUGCCAGAUGGCUUCCUGAUUGAUUUUCUGGUCCUCUCCCAAUUGUUUAUCGCCACUUUUCCCUCUCUGUGUCAGAGGUGUGCAGCAGAGGACGUAUCUUUUGGACUUGCGCCAAAUCCUUCUCAGUUAUGAACUUGUUACUCACGUGCUUGAGGUUUGAUUUAUGAACGGAAGUUAUCAAGAGUACAGUUUUUGACAGCAGAAGCAGAUAAUGGAGGAGAUUGAAUGAAGCAAUUUGCGACCUCUUCCUUACCAUUAACCUUCACAGCUCUGUUAGGAUUUCAUGUUUGGGGACGAUUGGACUGAAAUAGAUUUUCCUGUUGAUUCAGAAUAUAUACUGACAGUAAGAUAAAUGGGAGAAGGAAAAACACCAUUUUGCCAGUACCACCACAGCGGGGGACUUGAGUAGAAUCAGAAUCCCUUCAGUUGCCAAAUUUUAUGAAUGUACAGUAAUGUUGCAGGAACAUGGUAACAUCUGUGCAUAUGAGCUCACAUCGUACAAGGCUGAAGGGCUAAAAGGCAGCACAAGAUGUGCUUUACUUUGGAGUGUGCAGAACACAGGAAAGGAGUAUCAGCUGUUCUGUGUAGGAUGAAGGCACAUUGGAAUAUGAAUAUAAUUUGUGGGGUUAAAGUUCCCAGUAGUCCAUAAAGGCUUUUGUGGGCAUUAUGACUGGUACAUGAUUGUGCAGACAAUGCUUUGUGAUAAGUGGAAUGUACCAAAUGACCAGUAGGAAGAUUAUAGUGCGUUCCAUAGAGGGAGGGGAGCGACAGCUGUCUCGGGAUUGUGUGAAUGUUAUCAGGCGAUAAAGCUAAAAAGAAAAAAGUCUGAUUGUUGCGGUGUCACUGCUUGAUCUUAGAAGAGGACCAUAUGCCUAAGAAACGUUUGGGAACAGGUUGUCUGACUUAAGAUUAGAAGAAGAUGCUUCAAUGAGGAUCAUCCAUGAGAGAUCAGACUCCCAGGUUUAUGUAUUGAACACUUCAGAAGUGACAGUGUUUUCAUUUCCAUCAGUUUGUGUCUUAAGCCUGUGAGUGCAGUAUAAUUAUUAUAUUAUGUUAUUAAAAAGGGGUUAUUUAUGGUCCCCCUGUUGCCAUCUGUUAUUCCAGACAUGUCCUACAUAGUAAAACGUUUUUUAUGCUGGCAUUAUAUGCUAAUGUGAUACGGUACACACCGCUGCAAUAAAAUUUAUAUUUGCCAGUCUCGGGAUCAUAUAUCUCUGGCAGAUCACACAGGGCUUUUAUAUCAACUAAACCCUUGUUGUAAAUGGUAGUGAUAUUCCAGGGAUCUGUUGGUGCACUUGAACCUAUCAAGAUUGUCGCUAACCCUAAUGGACCAUGUAGUGAUGUUUUACAAUAACAUUCACACAUCUUCUGUUUAUAAUUAACUAUUCCCAGUGGAGUCAUUUAAGUUGUUGAAGUGGUAAACAUGCACAAAUGAUAAUGCUGGAAUUUAUCACCAUGUCUGGUGUAUUAAUGCUGUCAGUACUUCCAGUGGCCUUAUAUUAUUGUUAGGAAAGUGACAGAUAAGAUAAACAAUAUUUUUUGUAUUUGUUGGUUCCAAUGAAUGGACCAAAUCUGGUGUCAGUGUACCCAUUUAACUUGUCAGAGUAAGUAAAUAAAAUAAUGCUGGAUUUGUG